GGGGAGGAGGGAAAGCGGCGAGUAAGAUGGAAGAUGAGGAGGUCGCUGAGAGCUGGGAGGAGGCGGCCGACAGCGGGGCACUCCAGACGAAUACAGUAUGUGCAGUUCACUUUUUCUUUGGAGACAGGAUCUCGCUAUACAGGAAAUAGACAGACGGUUGGAAAAAAAACUGAAGAUCACACAAAAAGAGAGCAGGAAACCCAAAUCUCCUCCCAAAGUGCCCAUUGUGAUUCAAGACGAUAGCCUUCCCACGGGGCCCCCUCCACAGAUCCGCAUCCUCAAGAGGCCCACCAGCAACGGUGUGGUCAGCAGCCCGAACUCCACCAGCAGGCCAGCCCUUCCAGUCAAGUCCCUAGCACAGCGGGAGGCCGAGUACGCCGAGGCCCGGAAACGGAUCCUGGGCAGCGCCAGCCCCGAGGAGGAGCAGGAGAAGCCUAUCCUCGACAGGCCAACCAGGAUCUCCCAGCCGGAAGAUAGCAGGCAGCCCAGUAAUGUGGUCAGACAGCCUUUGGGUCCUGAUGGGUCACAAGGCUUCAAACAGCGCAGAUAAAUGGAGGCCAGAAAGGAUGCUGCCGCCGCCACCGCCGUCACCACCUCCUGGGUCGUCAGCCACGGGUCGCACUGCCGUGGCAGACAGCUGGACUUGAGCAGAGGGAACGACCUGACUUACUUGCACUGUGAUCCCCCUUGCUCCGCCCACUGUGACCUUGAACCCCAUGCACUGUGACCUCUCCCCUCCCCCCUUCCCACUGUGAUUGGCACGUCGUCGACAAGGGUUGUCCCAAGUCAAUGGAAAUGGAAAGGGUGGGGGCAAGGGGAGGGCUGGGGGGACCCACCAGGGACUCAGAGUAGAGUCAGACAGUGCCACUUGGCCACUUGGGGUAACGCCAGUGCCAGCAAUAAGUUUAUCAUGCUCAUUAAUUUGGGAUUUCAAAACACAAAUGAGAACUUCACCUUCCCACCCCCAAGUGCAUGUCUUCAUCACUUAAAAAGUAAGUUCCAUUUGAAAAUAUCCUUUCCUUUUUUUCUCCUUCCUAUUUUUGUUUGUUUAUACAAAUAUCUGAUUUUUUUAAAAACGUGCAUGGGAGGGUUUUAGCAGUUUAAUGAAUUUUUAAUUGAAAAAGGGUAGUUUGGUAGUCUACUUAAAUAAAUGUUUCUGGUUUAUUCACUAGAAACAUUAACCAAUAGGAUUUUGGUGAGCUUAGCUUCUAUAUUCCUACUGCCGCCCAGAAAAGGGGCAGGGCUCUGUGGCCCCAGGACAGGUGAGCACCCCAUGCCUAUACCUCCCUCCCCAGCUAAGUCCCAGGCAUCUUGCCCUGCCUGGAGUCAGGGCUAGUGCUUUAGGCUCAGAGAGCCUGGGGAAGGUGCCGACCCCACCUCUAGUAUUUUGGGAGAUAGGGAAAGUAACAGGCUUCCCCUUCCCCUACUCCUCAGGGUGGCUUCCUACCAGCCAGGCUUGCUACUUCCAGAAGACAGCAGAGAGCAUCAGGGAGGCACACUGCUCUCCUGGGCUUAGAAGCAAGGAGUGCAGGGCUUGGUCAGUAUUUGCUGUCAGCACAAGACUGCCAGGAGAGUCUGGCUCCAGGCCUUCGAUCCUACAACUGGUGUGGUCGGAUGACCUUCCCACUCCAGCAAGGCUGGAUCUCCUCCACUGAUGGCUGCAGCUCAGUGACUAGACCUGGUACAUUUCCUCUGUGAAAUCGGUAGCCCAGGAGCAGAGCAGUCUGAAUAAGGAGGGGGAAGCAAAGCUUUGCAUUGCAAAGAUGGAUGGCCGACCAGUUCCCCAGAGCAAGGGCCUGGUACGAAGACGUUUUCUCCUCAGGUCCUGGAGCCUAGAGUUUUGCUUUGACUUCUUGAGGAGAAAAGGCUAAGAGGGCAGCUGCCCAGAGCAGCUCUGUAUGUGCAGCCUGCCUCUGCCCAACUUGCUUUUCUCUUGCGAUGCACCGCGCUUUACCCUCAGCCAGGUGGCCUCCCGACUCCUGACCACUGGGUGGGAUUUGGAGUGAUUGGUGUGGUUUGGAAUAGGGCAGCUUGUGGUGGCCCAGAUGGCAAGCUGGAUUUUGCAGACUUACUGUGCAUUGGGUUCACCCGGCCCGGCUCAGCCGUGCUCCGGGACAUCUCCCUGGGAGCCUGCAGCUGGUCCGCAGCCCAGCCUCAGAACCGUGUGAAGUCAGAAAU